AUGCUGAGCAGGGUCUUGUUUGCGUGUCUGUUUGUCAGUCUGUACUGCGCAUGCGCCUCGCUGCGCUGCAGGUGGAUGGAUCAUAAAUUCAGACAGUUCAGUGAAAACUCCUUAACCCUGCUGGAUCAGAUGGCCAAUAACUCCACUAACAGCACAGAGGAAGAGGAGGAGAACACCGUGGCCUUCCCUCAUCACCUGUACAACCAGGCGUCCAAAGCUUCAGCUGAGGAGAAAGUAGCUUUCACAGCUCAGGUCCUGAAGGAGGUGUCUGCCCUGAUGGAGGAAGAUGACGGCUCUUCAUCAUGGGAGGAGGUGACAGCGGAGAACUUCCUGAGUGUCGUCAACAAACAGGCUGAUGAGCUGCUCUCCUGUAUCAGAGCUCACAGCCACACGAAGAAGAGGAACACCAAGCUGCACCUGUACUUCAAGAGACUGUCCAGUCAUGUUCUGAAGAGACGGGGUCACAGCRCUGAAGCCUGGGAGCUGAUCAGGAAGGAGRUCAGAGCUCACCUGAUGAAAGCUGACCACCUGAUUUCAUCUUUACUCACUCACAACUAA